AUGUCAUCCCAUUUGAAAUUGGGUUUUGGGUUAUGGUUAUGGUUAUGGUUCUGGGUUUUGAGCUCAAUUUGUUUUACUGUCCAAUCGAAGUGUUCUAAAGGUUGUGAUUUGGCUUUAGGCUCAUACUAUGUUUGGCUAGAAUCAAACUUGACCUUCAUAGAGGAAGUGUUAAGUGCUCCAAUCCCCGAUAUUCUCAGUUACAACCCACGAAUCCCAAACAAAGACAGCGUCCAAUCCGACAUCAGAAUUAACAUACCCUUUUCCUGCGACUGUAUCGCCGGUGAAUUCUUGGGACAUGUGUUUACGUACAACGUUCGUUCCGGCGAUACCUACGACAGGGUUGCGCAGACAUACUACGCGAACUUGACGACGCCGGAGUGGGUGAGGAGGUUUAACAGUUACGCGCCGGAACGAAUUCCAGAUACUAAUGCCAGACUUAAUGUGACAGUGAAUUGUUCGUGUGGGAAUAGUAGGGUUUCGAAGGAUUAUGGGUUGUUUGUGACGUACCCUUUGAGGCCUAACGAGAGUUUGGAUUCGGUUGCCGCGCAGGAGAAUCUCACUGCCGAUUUGAUACAGAGAUAUAAUCCGGAUUCGGACUUUAGUGCCGGGAGUGGCCUGAUUUACAUCCCAGGCAAAGAUAGAAAUGGAAGCUAUCCACCCUUUAAAACCAGCACAGGAUUAUCACCUGGGGCCAUAGCUGGAGUUUCUGUAGCAGGAAUAGCAGGAUUGCUGUUAUUUGGAGGCUGCUUAUAUGUUGGAUUUUACAGGAAUAAGAAGCUACAAAAGACUGUAAUGCUCUCAAGAACAUCUGAAGAUCAACCUCUUCAAGCUGCUCCUGCUUCUGGAGGUCCUGUGGUCAAAGCUGCAGAAUCCCCUGGACUUGCUGGUGCUUCUCCUGGCCUCACUGGCAUAACUGUUGACAAAUCAGUGGAGUUCUCAUAUGAAGAGCUUGCAAAGGCUACCAAUGACUUCAGCAUUGCUAAUAAGAUUGGUCAAGGUGGCUUUGGCUCUGUUUACUAUGCUGAGCUCAGAGGCGAGAAAGCUGCAAUUAAGAAGAUGGAUAUGCAAGCAACAAGAGAAUUUCUAGCUGAAUUAAAGGUUUUGACACAUGUUCAUCACCUGAACCUGGUGCGCUUGAUUGGGUAUUGCACUGAGGGUUCUCUUUUCGUGGUCUAUGAAUACAUUGAAAAUGGCAACUUAAGUCAACAUUUGCAUGGGUCAGGGAUGGACCCGCUGCCAUGGCCAACUAGAGUGCAAAUUGCCCUGGAUUCAGCAAGAGGUCUUGAAUAUAUCCAUGAGCACACUGUUCCUGCCUAUAUCCACCGUGAUAUUAAAUCAGCAAAUAUUCUGAUAGAUAAAAAUUUCCACGGGAAGGUUGCAGAUUUUGGUUUAACAAAGCUCACUGAAGUUGGAAGCACUGCUCUGCCCACACGUCUUGUGGGUACAUUUGGAUAUAUGCCACCAGAAUAUGCUCAAUAUGGUGAAGUUUCUCCUAAAAUAGAUGUCUAUGCUUUUGGGGUUGUGCUUUACGAACUAAUAUCUGCCAAGGAAGCCAUUGUCAAGGCAAAUGGUUCUGUUGCUGAAUCGAAGGGCCUAGUUGCUUUGUUUGAGGAAGUUUUUAGUCAUCCGGAUGCAGGAAAAGACCUUUGCAAACUGGUUGACCCAAGGCUUGGGGAUAACUACCCCCUCGACUCAGUGCGCAAGAUGGCUCAGCUAGCCAAAGCUUGCACACACGAAAAUCCUCAGCUACGGCCAAGCAUGAGAUCCCUUGUGGUUGUGCUGAUGACUCUCUCAUCCACUACAGAGGAUUGGGAUGUUCGCUCCUUCUAUGAAAACGAAGCGCUAACGAAUCUAAUGUCCGGAAGGUAG